UUUUCCAAAAUUGUCAAAAUUUCUUUGAAAGGAGAUUAAAUUUUAUAUUUUUUUUAAUAAAAAUUCUUUGAUAUCAAUAAAAGUUUGCAUAAACAUUAUUUUGGUCGACUCUUUCGAGUGCAAAUUCAAAUCAUCAGAGUACCAUCUUCAGAUGCAAUUAUACAAAAUUUCAACAUUAUAAAAAUCCAACAAUUAUGUCAAAAUUUUCGACAACCUCCAGUCGCCAAUUGAACACGCGCAGCUCCGAUAUCGAUGCCUUGGCUCAGCGUGGUUACAAUAUCGGACACAAAAUUGGCGAGGGUUCCUAUGCGACCGUAAUUACAGCCGGUUAUGCAGACGAUGCUGGGCACGGUGUACAUUUGGCCUGCAAGAUAAUUGACAAAGCUAAGGCACCCUCGGAUUUCGUACACAAAUUCUUUCCGCGCGAAUUGGAAAUUUUAACGAAAAUCGAUCACCCAAACAUUAUACAGAUACACAGCAUUCUACAGCGUGGCCCGAAAAUCUUCAUAUUCAUGCGAUAUGCAGAGAAUGGUGAUCUAUUGAGUCAUAUCAAGAAGUCGGGACCGGUUGAGGAGCUGCAAGCGAAAGCCUGGUUCAUGCAGAUGGCUAAAGCUCUCAAAUAUCUGCAUUCGCACGAUAUCGCCCAUCGCGAUCUGAAAUGCGAGAAUAUACUGCUUUCGAAGCGUCUCAAUAUCAAAUUGGCUGACUUCGGCUUCGCACGCUAUUGUUGCGACGAAAGCGGACGUGAUAUUAAAUCGGAAACCUAUUGCGGUUCGGCGGCAUACGCUGCACCCGAAGUGGUAUGCGGACGUCCAUAUGAUCCCAAACUAGCGGACGCUUGGUCACUUGGUGUCAUACUAUUCAUAAUGUUGAAUGCCAAAAUGCCAUUCGACGAUAGCAACCUGAGUAAGUUGCUGGACGAUCAACGGAGUAAGAAGUUCGCAUUUCGACGCAAAUUGCAAGAUCACAUAUCAGCGCAGGCAAAGGCUACGGUGGCGGUGCUGCUGGAGCCCGAACCGCAUGCGCGUUGGAAUCUACGCGAAAUACUCAAUUGCAGCUGGUUGCGAGCCGACGAGGAGGAUCACGAACCGUUGGCUUAGUCUAAGACUGUUCGAACGGCACAAUACUCAUUAUCAUUUUGAGCAGCGUAUCUGAUUGAUUCUGGACCUAAUGCUAAUGCCUUUGAAUUCUUGUAUGGGAAAAAAAGAAAUUUUUAUAUUUAUAUAUACAUAUAUAUAUAUUUUU